GGGAGUAGGCGGGGACCGGCGCGGCACAGGCCGGCCCGGCCACAGGCGGUGCGCUGCGGUACGCUGCGGUACGGCCCGGCCAUGCAGCCGGAGCGGGGCGGCAGCCGGCCCCGCAGGGAAGGCGGGCGGCACGGUCGGAGGCGGCCGGCCGGCGCGGAGCGGGCGGCCGAGCCGGCGGCUGAAGGCAGCGGCGGAGACGGCCACGGCCGAGGAGGAGGGGGCCGGGGAAGAGGCGGCGCUCACGGGCACCGAGGAGGCGGGGGCCGGGGCAGGCGAGAGCCCCGGGGCCGCGGGACAGCGCCGCCGCCUGCCGCCCACCAUCACUACCGGCGGGUAGAAGAUGAUGAAACUGAAUCACGAGAGGAAGAAGAGAUAGAAGUGAAAAGCUAUUCAAGAAGAAAGAUUUUUUCAAACUGGAGCCGCUAUGAGGAUGCAGAAAAAGAGGGACAGAAUGAAUGUGGGGAAUCGCAGAGAGGAACAGACUUCAGUGUUUUGCUUAGCUCAGCAGGAGAUUCCUUUACGCAGUUUCGCUUUGCUGAAGAGAAAGAUUGGGAUACAGAAAGCAUACACUCUAAACAGUUAUCUGCGCUUUCUGUUGACUGCCAGUCUUUGGCCCAGGCCCUUCUGGAACUGCCUCUACAUCUGAGGUUGAAUGUAGCCGCUGAACUUGUACAGGCAUCAACGCCUGCAGAGCUCCCACAGAUGAAAUCUAAAAUUACUGAAGACAGCAAGAGGAGAGAGCUUCUGUUUAGACAUUCUUUGGCUCAGAGUGAAACGGUGUUGGGCUCCCAUCCCGUUGGUGAUUCUGUUGCUCCGUCAGAGCCUGCAAAUAAACACGGUCCUGUGGCAAGUGCAGCAGAGCCAUUCCAGAGAGCCCCUCAACAACCAAAGCAUGAGACUGACCAUUUGGAUGAAGAACUAGAUCUUCUACUAAAGCUAGAUGCUCCUGUUGAUUCUGUGUCAGGUGCAUUAUUCUACAACACAGCAACAGAGAACGAUCUGAAAGGGGAGAGUAAAGAAAAUGACCCUCUAAAACUAGAUGUGCCUGAAGAGAAAAGUACAGCACCACAGCAACAGCAAAGUACGUCUAAAACUGUUACUGAGGAAGAGCUUGAAGAUUGGCUGGACAGCAUGAUUUCCUGAAGAACAAGUUUCCUCAUGUGAAUAAAUGGAUAUAACAAAAGUUAAGUAGAAAGUGGAAUCCUCCUUUAUCAAUUCUAUUUCUUUUACCUGUUACACUUGGUUCAGUAUGCCAAAUGCCUGGUUUUAUUUGCAGGCACCUAAAAUUCUGUGCAGCCAAAAUUCAACUGGAUAUGAGUGACUGAAAAUUAAGACUAACAUUCUUAGAAAGAUCUAAAAUUUGUGAUGACGUUAGGAUUUUCUUUGCUAAAGAUGUAGGCUAUAAGAAACAACCAGAGCAGUUGUUUCAGCUUGUACGUGCUAUACACAGUCCUUAAAAUAAAGCUAUGAAUGCACAA